GUUUUUAUUUGCUUCAUCUUUAAUGUUUAUCUUCGCGUGCGUAACGGAUAGUCCUGUUCCGAGUGAAAAAGAGUCCCUGAAAAUCUUUGCAAAUAGAGUGCGUUUCCAGCGACAAUGGCCAAACCGCGUCCUUGUGUGGUGCCCUGUUGUCAGGGAGAAAAGUUCGAACUAGUGCACAAGUUUCCAACGGAUCGAGAGCGUGCCCAGCUAUGGAAGACGAUACUGGCCAUACCGGAGUUGGCACCGCUCGACGUGGACAUUAUUCGGGGAAGGUAUUUUGUAUGCAGUAGACAUUUCCGUAUUGCCGAUUAUAAAAACAAGUUGUCGAGAAGUUUGAACGUCACCGCCAAUCCAUCACUGAAUUUGAGAUCGUUGUGCGAUGUGGAGGGACUGCAUCGGCCCAUUCCUCCGAUGGGACGUCCUCCGUUAGAGGUGCUGGGCUCGAAUGUAACGACGGUAAGCUUGGAAGUACAAUCUUACACACCGACGGAAGAAGCAGUGGAAAGUGAGUCCAACGAGAAAUUCAUGGCAGAAUACGCUUUGGAUCCGUUGGAAGUAACAGAGUCUGAGGAGGUGGAGCAUCUUGCACCAGAAGUCGUUCCUCACAGUCAAAUGUUGGAAAUCGUUCCAAUGCCUCAGACGGCAAAUAUUACAGCAGGCCAGAAACGUGUUUUGGAGUCCUGCAUGGCUGCCGGUAGCACACCGGCGAAGAUUUUCCGAUUCCGAAAAAAGUUAAGCCAGAUAAAGUUGGAAGAGGCGACCUCGGACAGCGAGCACGUGCAUAAUGUGCAAAACGAUUCGCUUAUUCUUAAAAAGGUCAAGAUAAUGUCGCCACAGAAAAAGAUUCUUAAAAUUUGUUCUAUUCCUGGACAAAAGAAAAUGGGCGUAUCAGUGGAAACGCAAACGGAUGAUGUGCAGCCAAAAGUAACGUCGGAUGUGGCUGUUGAGAACGAGGUAGAACCGGAAGACAACGAAGACAAUGAUUCACAGGGGAAGGUCACAAAAGUUUUGGCAUUGUUGGAGUGCACACCGGAGAAUUUGCAAACGUUGAAAAAGAAAAUGAGCGCUGGAGCUGUUGUGUUCGAUGAGAAGUUAUUCAAAAAUGUAGAGGAAGAAGAAAGCAAUGCCAUGCAGAAACCGGCUAUCGACGAACGGUUUUUCCUCUCACUCAAGCGAACGGAAUCGGAUGAACCGAUUUGGGUGAGUUACAUCUGGCUAAGGGAUCACUGUCGCUGUAACAAAUGCUACAACCACGAAACGUUUCAAAGGUCACUGUCGAUAUUGGAUGUACCGGAUGAUGUUAGUCCUUUGAGCUACGAAAUACAAGAUGGGGCACUUAACGUAUUAUGGAAGGAUAAUCACGCAUCCUCCUACGAUUUGGAUUUCAUCUUCAGCGCACAAUUCGGUCUCUACAAAGAAACUCUUCUGCAGGAGCAAUCACAACCGGCUCUUUGGGACCGUGCAAUAAUCAGUCUUUCCCCGGAUUAUUGUCGAGUUAGCCUAAACGAGUUGCUCUGCGACGAUGAAAUCGUCAAAAAACUGGUCAACAGUCUGUUCAUGUACGGUGUAGCCUUCAUCGAAAAGGUCCCAGCGAAUGCACACAGCACGGAGAUGGCCGUGCGACGAAUUUUCCCCAUCCACAAAACGUUGUUUGGUGAGAUGUGGACCUUCAGCGACUCUAUGGACCAUAGCGAUACGGCUUACACCAAAGACUACUUGGGUCCUCACACAGACAACACCUAUUUUAGUGAUGCCGCCGGUUUACAAAUUCUUCACUGCAUUCAGUUCAAAGGUACCGGGGGUCAAACUCUCUUGAUCGACGGAUUCAAAGCGGCUGAGCAGUUGCGUCUCAAGAAACCGGAGGUUUUUGAACGACUUUGCAAUUAUCCGAUAACCGCCGAGUAUCUGGAAGAGGGCAAGCAUCAUACGUAUUGCGCACCGAUUAUCAAACGGAACAUAAUCACCGGAAAGGUGGAACAGCUAAGGUUCAAUAUCUACGACCGAGCCAUCAUGAAGACGAUCCCACAGGAGCAGAUACCGCAGUUUUAUGCGGAUUUCAAAGAACUGGGGGCGGAGAUCAACGACGAAUCAAUGGCGUGGCAGUUUCAGUUGACGCCCGGAACUGUGAUGAUCUUCGAUAAUUGGAGAGUGCUGCAUGGACGAUUGGCAUACAGCGGCAAACGCGUGAUGAGUGGGUGCUAUGUCGCGAGGACAGACUAUCAGAGCGUGGCCCGCACACUGGGAGUUAUUUCGUGAUCGCAACGUGGUAGCGACAGCCUGACUGUAAGUACGUUUGUUUUGUAGUUGUCUGUCGGAAUAAUUUGGAACGAUGGUUUUCAAACAUA